AUGGAACGUCUAAGCCAACGUACGAAAUUUGUGAAGUCGUUAGGCAAAGGUUCGUUUGGUUCCGUCAAUCUCAUCAAGUUCACUAAACCCGACGGCUCGAAGCCAUACUACCACGCCGUGAAAAGCUCAAACGCACAAGACUUCGAAUCUCUCUACAACGAGUUUCAGAUUCUGUCUAAACUUAGAGAUUGUCCGAGAAUUGUGCAAACAUAUGGUACAUCUCUCGAGAGAGGUGUGAAUGAUAACGGAACAAGAGUUUAUAACAUGUCGAUGGAGUACGCAGCUGGCGGAAGUUUAACUUCGUUCAUGGAAACAAGGUCGUUGACGGAUACGAUGAUCAGAGACUUCACUUGUAUGAUUCUUGAAGGACUUGUCUCUGUUCAUGAUCACGGAUACGUCCACUGCGAUCUCAAACCGGACAAUCUUCUCUUGUUUCCACGUGAUGAUGUUGGUGUAACGAAAGAAGUUUCGUAUGAGUUGAAGCUUUCAGACUUUGGGAUGUCGACAGAAGCUGGAGAGGAGUCGGUGUUUUGGGAGUUUGAUUCUCCAUACUUGGGAACGCCUCUUUACAUGUCUCCUGAGUCUGUUCACUACGGCGUCGCGGAGAAGUCGUUAGACUUGUGGUCGCUAGGUUGUGUUGUGUUGGAGAUGUACACAGGAAAGUCUCCGUGGCCGUUCCAGGACUCGGACGAGCUUUUGCGUCAUUUAUUGGAUGAGAAAGCGCCAGAGAUUCCAGAGUCUCUUCCUUGGGAGGCAAGGCAGUUUCUGCAAACGUGUUUCGCAAGAGAUCCUGUGGAGAGGGGAAGUGCUUCGGAGCUGUUGAAGCAUCCGUUUCUUCUUCCGGAAGUUUCUGAUGAGAAGAGAGUGAUGGUUACAGGCGCCGGAAGUAGGAUAAAGUCGGUGGCUGUAAUGAAGUCUAGGGUUAUAAUGAAGAAGCCAAUAAGAGUGAAAAUUCUUCCACCAAAGACGCCACGGUUUAAGAAAGUUUUGAAUAGACCCUUAAGGCUGAAGACUAUACCUCCAAAACCCCCAGGAUUCAAUCUCGUGUUUGUUCAGUCGUUUUGUCUCAGUGUAUCAGUGUGUUCUGUCGCUUUGUUACUUGGUGGUAGAUGGUGUAGAGCAAAUUAAUACACAGUUGUGAGGAUUGUACAGAGGAAACAUCAAGG